AUGCAUGACCUGGGUACCGAGAGCGCCUUCGAGGUACUGGCCAAGGCCCGCGCCCUGGAAGCCCAGGGCCGUGACAUCAUUCACCUGGAGAUAGGGGAACCCGACUUCGACACGCCCCGGCACAUCAUAGAGGCAGGAAUGGCCGCCAUCAGCGACGGGUUCACCCAUUACGGCCCCACCGCCGGGCUGCCCGAACUGCGCCAGGCAAUCGCCAACAACAGCCGCGAAGUCCGGGGCACCAACACCGAGCCCGACAACGUGGUGGUCACCCCCGGCGCCAAGCCCAUCAUGUUCUACGUGUUGCUGGCCCUGGGCGAACCGGGCGUUGAGGUGAUAUACCCGAAUCCCGGAUUCCCGAUCUAUGAGUCGAUGAUCCGCUUCACCGGCUGCACCCCGGUAUCCAUGCAGCUACUGGAGUCCAAGAGCUACCACCCGGAUCUGGACCAGUUGGCUUCCCGGAUUACCGACAAGACCAGGCUCAUCAUCCUCAAUACGCCCGAGAACCCCUGCGGGUCCGCCCUCUCGGAAGGCGAGCUCCGCACCAUCGCCGAAAUGGUGAUGAAGCAUCCAAACCUGUAUGUCAUGGCCGACGAAAUAUACAAGGACAUCCUCUAUACCGGCGAGCACUUCAGCAUCGCUUCCAUACCGGGAAUGGAGGAGCGGACCAUCAUCCUCGACGGGUUCUCCAAGAGCUACGCCAUGACCGGCUGGCGCCUGGGAUACGGCAUCAUGCCCCCCGAGCUGGUGCCCCACGUGGUCCGCCUGGCCGUCAACAGCGUGUCCUGCGCCGCCACCUUCACUCAGAAGGCUGGCAUUGCCGCACUUGAGGGCCCCAGGGACCAGGUGGAAGCAAUGGUCGCGGAGUUCGCCGCCCGCCGCCGCCUGAUCACCGACGGGCUGCGCAGCAUUCCCGGCAUCCGCUGCCCCGAACCCGAGGGAGCCUUCUAUGUCUUCCCCAGCAUCGAGGACACGGGGCUCUCCAGCCGGGAGUUCGAAGACCGGGCAAUGCAGGAAGCCGGAGUGGCCCUGCUCUCCGGGUCGGCCUUCGGGGAAUACGGCGAUAGCUACGUGCGCCUGUCCUACGCCAACUCCCAGGAAAACAUCAGCAAGGCCAUCGAGAAUCUCGGCGCCUUCGUGCGCAGCCUCUGA